GUUCAACGUAAUUAAUUAUCGGCCAACUGUGUUGCGGGCUCCAUAUAAAGCCGCUACUGCCCACGCAAAAGGUCCUACAGUCUUUUGUCCUACCUACUACACCCACCAACUUUUUUAACGUAUUACAAACACAGAAAAACGCCUGUACUGACCUCGCAGGCCGCAAGAUUGCCAACACUAUGGACGCCGCGAGCUUUCACACCACACCGCCAGACCCUCAUCCUACCGCGGGCACUCCGCAUCGGACAAUUUCGACACCAGUUGAAACACAGGAUCAGAUGAAGAGUCCUGAGACCAAAUUGCGUCAAGGACCGGGCAACGGCGUAGACCAACUCCCGAAAGGUGACUUCGCUCCUAUCGCAGUCAACGGUUACGAGAGUCUAACGUCUGAAGAAGAGCUGAAAUCAAGCGCGAAAGCGCAGUUCAUGGUAAAGCUGAAGUACAGUACCAAGAUUCCCGUGACUUCUCCGCAAGGUCACCGAAACAUCAGCAAUGUCUCUUCUACUUCCCCGGACUUGCGCGCAACUUCGGACAGAACAUCCAAGCCCUUCACCGAAACUACCAUCGCCAAAAAAGAAGUCGAAGAUCAUGAAGCCUCUCCAAAAGUCAAGAUCGAGAAACACAGCGAUGAUCAAGAUUCAGCCGUGAAGCCCCUGAAUGAGCCUACAGAAAGUUCAGGUAAGGUCAUCAUGGUCAAGGACGAGCCUGAGCACUAUGCACAGCAAAGUGUCAAGGAUCGAAGCCAGGAUCUGGCUAGGGAGGUUGUGAGCAUUGAUGGUCAACUUGGCGACGAGACAAUACAGGUCUCGAUCGAAGAUGACAUUCCUGGCAAGUCCUCGGAUGAUGUCGUUAUCCAAGCUGCUACAUCUGAACCCGAGAACUUGGAGAGGGCUGCGGCCGUUGAUGUGCACGACGUCGAUGACGUCAACGGCGGCUAUCAACAGAGCGCAAACGGCCCAUCGAGCGCAUAUGGUAACGAUUUCUCGUUUGACGCCGACGCCAACAUGGCCUACUCCUUCGAUGUAGACGAGUGGGCCUCUAACGCCACGAACCAAGCCGAGGCGGACGUAGCCAGCGGAUCCCGACAACACCAACAUCAUCAACCGAUCGACCACCAAGCCGUGUUGUCUGAGUUCACAUACGGAAAGACACGGAUGCGGCCGGAUGACCCAAUUUAUCAAGAAUCUCUAGCUUUUCUGACUGGCGAAGCUGAAACUCAGGUGCCUUGGAGUCAACGUCACCACGUUUUUACGGAUCCAGUCCGCUUCAUCAAGUCUAGCUCACCCUCUUAUGGAGGUGCACGUGCACUGAAUCCGGCUGCCAUUUUGAAGAACAUUUCGCAAUACCAAACCUGUUCAGAUCGGCAUGGAUCGCAACAACUCGCUGAUGAAAACCGCCAACGCGAUCUUGAAUCUGGCUUCAAUCGCCAACAAGAGCUUCAGGCCCUGGUUAAGGAGAAGCAGAGACAGUUGGAUCAAGUCAAGAAGAUGCAAGCGGAGCGCCAGCGAUCGACUCGACAGGUACCUCACGAUUCUACCCAUCAUCAUGGCCAGCUAGCUGCUGUACCUUCGUUCCUCACUGGCCCGAUGAGUUAUGAACGCGCGCCCCAGGGCGGAUAUCAGCAGAUGAACUACGGACAGAAUAGCUCGGACUUGGUGUCUUCGUCUCUGCCUUUCACGCCCUACGGAUCCAGUGAAUUUCGCUCACUUACGGCUAGACCCACACCAUCGCCCAACUCGAACAAUUGGAUACCAGGACGAUGUACGUCUCAAGUUACAGGGAAGGCACGAGAGCAAGUCCCCAGUGAACACGACUGUGGCAAUGAAGGCAAUGCUUCCGAUGAUGAUGAGCCGCUUCGGACGCGGGUAGAGCACCACCCAUCAGUGACUAGCCAGGAUCACGACUCCGACGUCGAGUUCGUCGCGAGCAAUUCCAAGCCCAAAACCACUGGACCUGUUGUCGACCAGAAGGUAGUGCGCAUGCCACGCCCUCUUCCUCAGCCUGCUUCACCCUCUCCCGCGCCCACUGAGAACGCAGCACCUUCUUCCAACAACGUCGAACAGAUUGAUUGGACGCUUCCCCGAUAUGAAUUGCAACGCCAGCCUCUCGCGAAAGGCGAGGAGAUUCCUAGCGCAAAGGUUUCCCUUCCAGGGAUGGUCCGCGAAGAAGUUCUCCUCUCUCCCGACCACGCAGACGAAGAAGCCCGCUUACUGAUCGAUGUCUUCAUCCCUGGUCAGCAAGCCAUGUCGUCACCAGACCCAGAGCCUGCCGUCGCUCUUCUGAACUUCCAUACCAUCACUCUUAUGGUCAUAGAAGCAUACGUUCAGUUCGAAAUCGGCGACGAGCUCGGCAUGGGACGCGGUCACUUCCACCAAGAUCACAACCGCGGCGAAGAAGAUUACGAGCGCAUGCGCGACGCCGUCGAUGCCGAUACCAACGAGAUCUUCUUCGCUGUCGUGGACCGAUACCGAGCCGGAAUAGAGAGCAAGAAGAAGCCGCUACAGCUAAUUCGGGGUACACAGGAGUUCUGCGACGUGGCGCUUGAUGUGAUAUAUUACAUCAAGCAACAUGGACUGCUGAAGCCAGAACCUAAGGCCAAGAAGGUGAGGGCUGAUAAGGGAACUAAGAGGGGGCCUCAGGCGAAGACUGCGGCGACUGAGGCUGCUGCAGCUGUGAAGGGUAAGGGUAAGGGAACCAAGAGGGGUACCGUGGCAAAGCCAAAUGAGGUGCAGCCUAGGAAGAGGGCGAAGAUCACGCCCGCGGCCGAGGUCAAGAAGAAGAGUAAGGCCAAGGUUAGGGAGCCGGCUCUUACCGUUAUAAAGAAGUGAGCGAUUUGGCCGAGGGAUUGGUGGGCUGCCAUCGAUGCUUUCAGCGCUUGGGGUGAAGAGAAAACGGGGAGUUAGAUACGGAGAUCACAAGUCUCAUUUGCGAGCUUUCACGAUUUGUACUAGAUGAUGCAUUCGUUCAUGGGUUUUGGCUUCUCAUUCUUUCCAUGACUCAAACUUCAUAGACGUUUCCUUCAACAUACAUAUCCUAGUGACCCAUACUUUACUUAUUGAUGGCAGGC